CAGACACAGUUGAGCUGCACACACAAAGCAGCACAUCCAAUCCAAGCACACAUCCAGUUCAACGAACCCGCCCCUUCAGCUCACACCCACAGCCUGCGUCACCAACCGCGCGUACCACACCAGCGUUAGGUCAGCACACCCCGCUGGUUAUAGAGCCUUACACCGGUUCCGAAUCUAUCCUUCACACAGCUUGGCCUCGGACCUUUGUAACAUCGUCGAAGAAGAUGAUCGGAGUGGGGAUCAAUGGCUUCGGCAGGAUCGGGAGGAUGGUGUUCAGGGCAUGCUACGCCAAGGAGGGCGUCAACGUGGUGGCGGUGAACGACCCCUUCAUGGACAUCGACUACAUGCGGUACCUGCUGAUUCACGACUCCGUACACGGCAAGUUCCCGGGCACCGUCGAGGUGAGCGAUGGCAACCUGGUGGUGGACGGCGUUACGAUCACCGUGUUCACGUCCAAGGACCCUGCCAAGGCUCACGUCGACGGCGGCGCGAAGAAGGUGUUCAUCUCUGCCCCUCCCAAGGACGACUCUCCGAUGUACGUGAUGGGGGUGAACCACGAAGACUACCAGAAGGGGGGCGCGGACGUCAUGUCCAACGCGUCUUGCACCACUAACUGCCUGGCGCCUGUCACCAAGGUGUUGAACGACAACUUCGGCAUCGUGGAAGGGCUAAUGACGACCGUGCACGCGAUGACGAUCAACCAGCUCACCGUCGACGGUCCCUCCAAGGGCGGCAAGGACUGGCGCGCCGGUCGAUGCGCGUCUGCCAACGUCAUCCCGUCCUCCACUGGUGCCGCAAAGGCUGUCGGCAAGGUCAUCCCCGCGAUGGCCGGCAAGCUCACCGGCAUGGCGUUCAGGGUCCCGGUGCCGAACGUGUCGGUGGUGGACUUGACCGUAAAGCUUGCGACGGAGACGACUUACGAAGAGAUCUGCGCCAAGAUGAAGGAAGCCUCCGACGGGAGCAUGAAGGGCGUUCUUGGAUACGAGGACAGCGAGGUGGUUAGCCAGGACUUCGUUCACGACUCCCGCUCCUCUGUUUUCGACUCCAAGGCUGGCAUCAUGCUCAACCCGACCUUCGUCAAAAUCAUCUCCUGGUACGAUAACGAGUGGGGCUACAGCAACAGGCUCGUAGACCUCAUGCUGCACGUUGCCAAGGUGGAGAGCUCCUGAUUCAGUCAGCGGAGCCCCCAAUGAUCCGUUCCGCGGAGCCCCGUGAUCCGUUCCGCGACGGAGGCGCCGGUCGACGGUUUUUUUGCUUGUCCCAAAUCGAGACCCGGUACGGUGUAGCUAGCAUUUCCCCACUCGCAACGGUGGCGGUCUGAUUGUUAUCGUUUUUCGUAUGCAUACGGCACGUGUUUCCCGGUACUGUAGAGGUGGGACGGGACGGACCCGUGGCGGCAAAGAGUAGUUUGGUGGGAUGGAAUAGGAUUAACACGGGGAUGGUAUGCAUAGGCAUAUCGGUGAAUCAGGCAGAACGUCAUGCCGUGCUUCCUUGGACGAAGCGUUGCAAAUUUUGGAUGGUGGCGGGACAUCAAACGCCGCGCACGUAGUAUAGUGGUUUCUGCGACGUACUUUCAGUUGAGUGGAGGGUCACAACUGCUGUCCCCCGCAGCUACGUUGUCCUUACGAUUCGUCGCCCACGGCUGACGAGCGUUUCGCGAACGUUCUCUGCUGGUCUGGUGUACUCCGAUUGGUCUUGGACGGGAGAGAGGAGGCGAGUCUUUGGUGCGUUGGUAUCGUGAGAGAGGCUCGAGUGACAGCAUUGAGUGCCGUACGAUGUACGUAGUAAACAGACUUGAUUGCUGGCGUCACUUGUUCCUCUGUGUAUUGUUUUUUAAGUUUUUGGAG